UUCUCCUGGAUUAUAUCUAAUUGUACCCCAUGAUUGGUCGAUGACCAAAAUACGACGAAAAGGCCGCAAUUUAUUGUGCAUACUUGUGUUAAUAAGAUAUCUCAUGUUAAAUGCAUUGAGAAGGAGUGUUUGUAUGAAACAUAUUGCAUUUUAUAUAAUGGAUGUGUUAGAACCAGAAUUAAUUUGGGUUAAUGGACGGUGCUAUAGAUUUUACGAAAGUACAGCUUGGAAAAACAUUCAUACAUCAGCCCCAUAUAUGGAGGACAAGGAAUCAGUUUGUUCAAAUGAGGAAUCUGAAACUGAGAUACAAAUAAUACCUCAUGAUACAUGCUUUAAGCAUACCUUUUACGUACCUAAAAUUUUUUACUCACAUAUAAUUGGUACGAAAGGUGUAACACGCAGGAAAUUGGAAAAUGAGACAAAAACAACCAUUGAUAUACCAAAAAAAGGAAAAGACGGAAACAUUGUUAUUACUGGACGAGACCGUAAGGCUAUAAUAUCUGCAAGACAUAGAAUUGAUUUGCUAAUAGAAGCUUCCAAGAAAAAGAUACAUUAUACACAUUUUUUGUCAAUUCCAUUGAAUAAAAAAGAGAUAAUUGAUAAAUACAUUUCUUUCAAAAAUGGUGUAUUGAAAAACUAUGAUACAUACAAUCUACAUACAAAAUCUACAUACAAUAUUGAUGAAUCACUUUUUCAAACACCAGCGAAGUUACAUCUUACUAUUGGAAUGCUCAAACUAUUUGAUGAUAACGACAAACAACAUGCUAUUGAUGCUCUCAAGGAGUGUAAGGAAUACAUUAUAGAGCCUAUUCUUGAAGAAACUGGACCAAUAAAUGUACAAUUACAAGGAGUUGCAUGUAUGAAUGAUGAUCCUACUGAUGUUAAAGUUUUGUUUGCACAAGUUACACACAACGAAAAAUUGCAAGAACUUGUUGAUAAAGUUGCUCAAUAUUUUAUCGACAUAGGUUUAAUGGAGAAGGAGUAUGAGAAAAUAAAAUUACAUGCUACUUUAAUGAAUACAUCAUUUAAAAAUGAUUACCCAGCAAGAUUUAAAGAAAGAUAUGACGCAAGUGAAAUAUUAAAAGUAUAUAAGGAUACAUUGUUUGGAGAAACAAUAUUAAAUCAGAUUGAUAUAUCUGAGCUUCAUACUGCUACUAAAGACGAUUAUUAUAAAUCAAUAGGUAGCAUUACUUUUUAAGUACAGAGAUAUAUGCUAGAAUUGUUACAAUGAUCAUUACAAUGAUGAUUUUUAUUGCAUAAAAGUAAGUCAGAAUAUAUAUAUGUACAAUAGUAAUAUUUUCCGUUUAUUUGAUUUUUAUUUCAUGUUUUACAUAUUACGAUAUGGAUAUCUUAAGAUUAAAAAUAUAAUUUAGAUAGAUUAAAAAAAAAAACUAAAAAAUAUCUAUUUGUUUUAUUUUUAUUUUAUGUAGUUUUAUCUUGCAUUAAUCAACAUGGUUUUGUCAUUUGAGUGUGCUGAUUCAAGUACUUCUGAGUAUUUCAUAUCUUUUCAUCUAUAAGAAUAUUCUAGAAGUAAUUUAGGUUGAGGUUUGGGAAGAAACUCUCUCUUUCUCUCUCUCUCUCUCUCUCUCUCUCUCAUGAAUUUUUUGGCGCUCGUAACGGUUAUGAAUUCCGGAAGUUUUGUCAUCAGAUGAUUGAAACACUAUUGGUUGUCAGACAGUUUCAAAAGUUUUUGAUUGGAAAAUUUGUGAAAGAGUAGGAGAAAGGAGAGAAAAGAAAGGGAUUUUCUGUAAAGGAGUCUUAGAUUAGUAUUUGUAAAAGAAGGAUUAAGAAACACUAGCAAAAUUUCCGAGAGAAGCAACGUGUUGGAGAGAAGCCACGGAUUCAAGCUACGGUUCAUUAAAAAGUUACAAAUAUUAUUGGUUUUUUACAUUAGAAGAAGUGAUAAAGUUAAAUUGUUGUAUUAACGAAGAUUUGUGCGUAAAAAUCGAGUUUACGUAAAGAAACGUAGAUAUCAAGGAUGAUACUGCGUCUUAAAUUUAACGAAAUUAAGAAAACAAAGGUAGGAAAAGAAGAGAUAAAUUUUAUCAUGAUAGAAUUUUAAUUUAUACAAUGUAAUUACAAAAGGAAAUAUCUAUGAUAUUAAUCGGAAACAAUUAUCUUUCCUCGAUUCAUUAAAGGACAUUAAUUCUGAGUUAACUAAAAAAGAAUAUGCCACUAAAAGAAUCGAUUUGAUAUUAGCUUUUAAAUGUAUUUCAAUUAUCUACGAUAUUUAAAGAAUGUCAUUCGUGUGUAUCAAUAUAACAGACGAAUCAGCUACGACAUUGGUCGAGUCCUAAUCACGCUUUUCCUUAUCAGACUGUCAAUAGAACUCAGUUUCCAUCUGUGCACUUUUCAUUAACGCCUAACCUCUUUUGUUAAAUAAUUCAAUUAGUAUUUGGUUAAAAUAAGUAUCGCAAAGCUGGAACGUCGAAACUCUAUAAAUAAUGAAACAGUGGAUACAGAUAAUUAUUUCUUCUGGAGAGAGAAGUGGAUAAUAAAAAAGGCAUAUACCCAUUUUUAACUAUAGUUGUAAGCAUACAUGCAACUUGAGCAAUGUAUAUGCUGAGAUUAUAAAUACUACAAUUGUUAAUGUUUGUAUGUGCGAAGCUGAUAUUUUGUUGUUAAAUAAAUUAGAAGACGUAACCUCUAAAA